UGAGCGCAGAGCGGCGGCGGGCACGGACGCGGCGGGAACGGGAGCUGGCGGCGGCCGGAGCGGGGGCAGGUGCGGGAGCCGCCCACCGCCGCUGCCCGAGGGGCGGGGGCGCCCCGGCAGAGCCCCCCGGGCCCUAUGGUGCCGCGGCGGGACCCGCACCCCGCUCGCCGCCUUCCGACGGGCCCCGCGGAGCGGCGCGGGGCAGCGCAGCCCGCCGGCCCCGGGAAUCGGCGGGCAUGAGGAACCUGCCGAUCCUCCUCCUCUCGCUCUGCUGGAGCCUGGGGCGGGUGAAUGGUAUCCAUCCAGAAUGCAGAUUUCAGUUGGAGAUUCACAAGGAGGAAACAAGGUGCAUGGAACUUCUAAAGAGUGCAAAGCCAGUGGACUACAAUGGAUGUGUUGGAGUUUGGGAUAACAUCACCUGUUGGCGUCCUGCAAAGAUUGGAGAGACUGUCACUGUCCCUUGCCCAAAAGUGUUUAGCCUUUUUUCUGGAAAACCAGGAAAUAUUAGCAAAAAUUGUACAAGUAAUGGAUGGUCAGAUAUUUUUCCGGACAUCUUAAGUACUUGUGGAUAUAAUGACUAUGAAGAUGAUUACAAGGUCAACUUCUAUGUGAGGGUGAAAGCAAUUUAUACCCUUGGACACAGCGUAUCUCUGAUUGCUCUUACAACAGGGAGUAUAAUUCUUUGCCUUUUCCGAAAACUUCAUUGUACUCGGAACUACAUCCAUCUGAACCUGUUCCUCUCUUUCAUUCUAAGAGCAAUCUCUGUUUUAGUCAAGGAUGAUAUUCUCUAUUCCAGCUCCAACACAGCUCACUGUCCAGAGGAUCAAACCUCAUGGGUGGGCUGCAAGGCAAUUUUGGUAUUUUUUCAGUAUGGUGUUAUGGCAAACUUCUACUGGCUCUUAGUUGAAGGACUUUACCUCCACAUCCUCCUUGUGCUAAUAUUCUCCCCCAACAGACACUUCACAAUCUACCUGCUGAUAGGAUGGGGAAUUCCUACCAUAUUCAUUAUUACGUGGACAGUGACUCGGAUCAUUUUAGAGGACACUGGUUGCUGGGAUACAAAUGAGCAUGGUGGUCCCUGGUGGGUUAUACGAAUACCAAUUUUAAUUUCUAUUAUAGUGAAUUUUAUACUUUUCAUUAGUAUUAUAAGAAUCUUACUGCAGAAGUUAAGAUCUCCAGAUGUUGGAGGAAAUGACCAAUCACAGUACAAGAGACUUGCAAAAUCCACAUUGUUGCUUAUUCCGUUGUUUGGAGUUCACUACACAGUGUUUGCUCUAUUUCCUGACCGCAGUUCCAAUAAUUAUAAAAUAAUCUUUGAGUUGUGUUUGGGAUCUUUUCAGGGGUUGAUUGUUGCAGUCCUGUAUUGUUUUUUGAACAGUGAAGUGCAGGGGGAGCUGAAAAGAAAAUGGCGCAGUUUGUGUUGGAAGCAGACAGCAGGAAGGGAUUACAGACUCCACAGCUCUUCGAUUUCUCGAAACGGAUCAGAAAGUGUUUCUCAGCUCCACCGGAAUUCAAGGGCUCACUCGUUUAUGCAGACAGAGACCACCAUGAUAUAAAUGAGCUAGGUCCCUCAAAACAUGAAAAACUGUGGAAUAUAUCAUUCAUUAUGCAGCUUGAUGUGAUAUUUUAUAAUAUGUACAGUUUAGUGCUUUGCUUUUCUACAUGUUGUUAUUUGGGAAAUUGGUUUGUGCCGACCGUUUCUCUGUUAAUAGCAGAGAAACCUGCCCCAUGGAUGCUUUCUGUUUUGUUUAAAUGGUGUUCAUAUUAAUUCUGGUGUUCUCUUGCCGUUUACUAGCCAUAAGAAUUCAGCAACUCAUUUUCCAUAAUGAUCCCUUUACCCUCCAAUGUGGCUCCAAGAUUGAUGCAUGGUAUCCUGCUCAAUGCAGACUGCUUUGGCACAUGUUGUAAGGGUUAAGAUGGGAAGCAAGAAAAUUUCUUAUACUUUGUUUAUACUUAAGGAAAUAUUUAUUUCCUUAAGGGUAAGGAAAUUCUUUUCUGAGUAUGGAAAAUACAAUAAAAAUAAAGAAAUCUAAGACUAUAAUUAACCACAGUGGGAGUUCAGGGUGCUAAUCCAGGAAAUCAUGAACAUUAUUUAUACAGAGAGUAAAAGGUAGUACUUCUUGGCUAAUUGUAUAAAUUUCAAAGAUUACUUUCUACAGAAAUUGAUUCUAUUCCUGUUGUUACUUUCAAAAGUGCCUAGUUUUAAGUUUAGGUUCAGAAAGUAGGGCUACAUUUACAGUCCAACAGAAAAGACUACUAUAAAAGUUUUGAUCAAAACUUCAGCAUUUUCCAAUAGUGAUGUUCCAAUCACCAGUUGUUCUCUUCUAUUUAAAAUGAGAGGUUUUUGUCAAUCUUUCAUUAAGCAAUUUUCUAAAGAGGCGUUUUAUUGCUCAAGCAGCCUCACAUAGGAAUAACAGCCUUGGAUUAAUUAACCAUUUCAAUUAACCAUUAAAAAUACCAUUUUUAUGUAGUAUUUUCAUUAAAAUAUGUCUCUAGAACUACAUACUUGGCAGCUAAAACAAGGAAUAUUGCAAUGAAGUUACAACUCCCAUUUAAAGAAUAAAGUAAAUUCUUUUAGUUUUAUUUAAUUCUGUAUCUAUCUGAGAUGAUUUAAAAUUUAGUCCUAACAGUGAUUCUAGAAAAAAAAAAAAAUUGGGCAGAAUCCCUAAAAAUUACCAUAAAAGGCAUAAAGAAGGAAUUCUUAACAAUGCCAAGACUCUCAUGCAACCACAUUUUUUAAAAAAAGAGAUAGAACUCACAGAGUUUUACAAAAAUACACAGAACAUUUGCACUCUUUAAAAGAAAUAAUCCAAAUGAUGUUUACCUCCCUCGUUACUUUUAACCAUGUCCACUAUUCAUAACGUGGGAAUAACACAUGUUGGCAUUAGUGCCUCCAUAAAGGCAAUUGCCCUUUUAUUUCAGACAACAGAUUGUAUAGAGCUGGCAGAAUUUAAGGUCUUGUCAGAUAAAGGCAAGAACAGCAUCAAGAGCAUGUCUUGGCAGGCAUACACGUACAUUUUUGAAAAUAUUACCAGUAUUGGGAAUAUUGUCAGCAGCUGUCAAAGUGUCCCUACAAAUCUGAUUUAAUUUAGCUAUUUAUCGGUCAAACACAAUUUAUUUUCACGGGAUUACCCCAGAGAGAUACAAAGUUUUGUCAGACCAAAGAUAGAAAAGGCCUCAUGGCUCUCACGGGUUCUGAAGAACAGGUAAUGUGGUAAAUGUUACAUGACACCAGUCUUUACCCAGUAGGUAUCAUUUGAGUUAAACAAUAACCACUUCAUGAAUUGCUACUUUGCCAAACUUGUCUUUAAAGAAGCUAUUGAUCACCUCCAGUCACUCAGAGUGUUUUCUGCUGUCAAUUGGUGAAGUAGCUAUGAGAUGGAAAUGGUCUGUACAAAGGCAGUCCCAUGGGGGUCUAAAGGUACACCCCUACAUAUAUAUUUAAACUAAAUAUAUUCCCAAAGGCUUUAGAUUCAGAAAACAUUGUUAAAAUUUAGUAAUUUUCCUGGAUCUCUGAACAACCUUAUAACAAACUCUUAUUUGCAAAUAUAUUAAGAACCAUUGGAGCUUUAGGAGUUGCUUCCAUACCUAAAUUAAACAUAUCUGUGCACUUUAGGCUUCUUUGUCUGAAGUGGCAUUGUGACUGCUCGGUUCCCUGAGGUGUGAUGUGCAGGAUGUUCUUUUUUUCCCCAGAUUUCAAGGGUAGAAAGGCACAUGUGACAAGCAUUAAAGCAUGCUCACCUUUUUGCUCAAAUGAGAUUAUAUGAAUGAAUUGACACACAGACAGAAUGAUGGUGCAGAAACAGGGGUUUCAAGCAAUCAUUUCCAUCAGUCUGUUCUGCAUGAUGCAUCACCAAUUAUACAUGUUUAUAAUACAUUGUAUCCUAGAGAAACCCAUCUUUGUUCUAAUUAGAUGAGCAUGGAGAAAAUCUGCAUUUUAAUUAUUUCUGGAUUAUAAAACAGAAGAGCCUUAAUAAGAAAACACAUUUUAAGUUGCAACAAAACAACAUUGUGUCCUUUAACAGUUUGAAGAUGCAUUUGGACUUGAUUCCACUUUUCAUGUAGGAUGUAGUGCCAUAUGAGACAAGUCGCACCAGUGGGAGAACAGAGAUGGUAUCACUAAGUUUGUAAAGGACUAUGUGGAUGUGCAAAGAAUGUCACACAGGGGAGAGAGGUGCUGCAUACAUUUUUCAUUCACACAGAACUUUGUAAAACCUCAUCCUUCUAUUGAUAAUCUCAAUACAGAAAGGAUGCUUUCUGAGAGACAGUAUAACUUCAUAGUGCUUUGUGGAAGCAUUAUCAUGGCAGUAAAGCUCCAGAGGGCACUGUGCUUGUUUGCUUUUACUCCCCAAAAAUUUCUGAUUUCCAAACAAUUUUGUGCAAAGUUACAGUGUCAACCCUUUCAUCACCUGUUUGACUUCCAGCUGCCUUUUCAUGUACAGAUACACAUCAUAUUGAAAUGUAUGUAAAAGGUGCAGAACAGUUUGAGAAAUCUGGAACUUGAUUUUACGUGUAUUUUACAUCUUUACAACACCCAGAACAAGAUAGCUUCUCACGGCUUUGUCUUUCACUGCAUUUUGCACAGGAGUAUGGAAUUAAACAUUUUUGCUAUGGUGACUCUUAAGACUCAAAAGAACAAUGCAAGGAAACAUCAUUUGGCCUUCUGUCAUCCUCAAAUCUAGAUCCUGCUCAUUCCCAGCAGCAUGAGGGGAGGAAGUAGAGGCUGCAAACAAGCAUAACCUUUCUCUGCACAUCCUUGUCACAUAGUUUUCCUUCCUUUCUUUAUUCCUUUACUGCCUUUCUCCCUUUGGUUGCAUCAGGGUCCAAGCUGAGUUGUAAAGUCUUCAGAGCAGGGAACCUGGUUUUUUUUAUCCCCAUUGAAAAGCCAGUAGCACACCUUGUAGUUACUGAACAAGAAUGAUAAUACAGUUCACUCUCUGGUACUGUGGUUAAUUGUACUUUACCUUCCUUGGAGGCACUGCUCAUUACGAGUGAUUUCUGUCAGCAUUAACUGCUGCUGGUGCCUGAGGAGCACAGCAACAGUUUGCUUUCUAGCUACUAACCAUGAUUAAACCUAAAUAUAUAGCACACACUGAGUUAAAUUUUCCUCUCCUGAGUACAUUUCAGCCAGGUACUCCAUAAAUGUGGGGGAAAUUCAUCUGCCAUGGUUUCGUUAUCUAAAAGCUGGAUAUCUGAGUUAAAGAUUCCUUUUAAGUGCCUUCCAUAGUCAUCUUAGGGAAAUAGGCACUAGUUGAAGAUUAUUCAUUCCAUGUUCAGCUGGGCAUCUAAGGUGGGUAAGCUGGAUCACCUUUUUCACUGUAAAAUGAGCCCAGGGCAUCUGGCUAGUAAUUAAAUUAAUCACUCUACAUCUACAAUGAGGCAAGAUGAAUCUCUCCGGAAGAGAUCGUUCAGUUAUCUGGGUAAUAGUGCCUUCCUCUGAGAAAUGUGCAGUGUAAUUCAAAAUUUCAGGGAAUGGAAGAUCCCACCAGUAGUGCUGGUUUUCAUGAAAUUUUAAGAAUUUGACAUGUAUUUAAGGAAGUGCUCUGUGCUGGAGUGCAUGAGAGCCCAACUGCCCCAGAAGGGCAUGGUGAUGGGUGCUGGGGGCAGCCAGCUGAAGAACUACCCAGUUUAAGCAUAUAUUGGGACUGUACUGUAGCAGCAAUAGCUAAAUGCUGACAAAUACCAUUACAAAAAGCUUUCUAUGGAGGCAGCCUACCCCAUUCAGAAGCAUCUGCUUCAUGUCUUGAUUCAGCCCAGACAGCUUUCCUUUGCCUUUAACCUGAUGAAAGGGAAAACAACAGACACAGACCCUCAGCAAACCAGAGACUGUCUGGGACAGAUUUAUGAAAUAAGGCAUUGGCAGGUGCACGUGUCCCACACUCUGUGGGUAAUGACUGAGAUGAAUCAUCUGCAUCAUUUGCCUCCUAUUUUUGUAAGUUCUAAAAAACAUCUUCUGUUGACUGUGAAUUUACCCAGUUCAGCUAAGCAAUCAGACUCAAAGUCCAAAUUCACUAUACACAGAUUUUUUUCAGACAUCGCUAAUGAAAAAGCAAGGACUAAAUGUGUCUGAUAAAAAGGAAGAACCAGCAAGUAACCCGCAGAGAAAUCUGCUAUGUGUAAAAGGGUUAUUGUCCAAGCAGUUACUGUCCAUGCAUAGUCAGACAGGAAAUACUUUUGCUAACAAAAGUACCUUCAUGUUGCCGUGAGUGCCUAUAUAAGCCAUGGACUGUCAGUGCUACCCUGACAUGACCAAAUAGCAGAAGUUAGUAUGCAGUGCUAUUCUACUGAUGAAAAAUAAAAAGGUGUUCUAACAUGUAUGUUAUAAGAGCACAUCAGGAUAACAUUUAAAAGGAGCAUUCUGUAGUAUGGUUUAAGCACUCUGUGUUGAAUCUGGUUCUGCCCAGUGAUAAAGUUGUGUAGUUAAAUCUAAGUCAGUAACAUUUCCAUUGUCAGCUAGAACAGUGACUGAAAUGUCCCAACCCCCUCUAUCUCCCAAAGCACUGUAAUAAGUUUAUGAUAACCUACAGGUUUUUUUAUCAUGGUACAUUAGUAUGAGUAUUACUUUGGAAUUCUCUUUUGUCAUCUUUGUUGAUAUUUUGUAUCUGUCAAGUAUGGUAAAGAUUAUGUAAAUGAAUGUGAUUAUUUUUUACAAAAUGUACAGACUAUGAUGUUGUAUAGAUUAAUGUGUGUAAAUAGAUUUCAUACUGUAAUUCACUAUACUUUUCUUCUGGUUUUGCUUUUUUUUUUCUUUUCUGGUUUUAGUUUUUAAUGUCACAUACCUAACAGCCUUCUCUGAAAUGUUAUAUAUAAAGCUGUGAACAAAUAAGUGUUUACAUCUUUAUGCUAUUAGAGAUAAUAGUAGCUAAUAACACCAUAAUGGACUGAAGAGGAAUCAGAGAAUAAAAAUUUUAAAAGUUUUGCACAAAAA